UCCUUCUCCAGUUUCGAGCGCUAGCUUAGCAGGCAAGGUAGCUAACUAGCUGCUAAUAUUGUCCCAGAAUAAUUGUGUUAUUCGUUUUUGUAGGUGUUCUAUAAAAUGAAAACGAAGCGUUUGCAGUCUGGUUGAACUAUUUUUAAAGCGUAGUCUUGUAUCGUGCUGGAGACCUCUUCAAGUCUCAUUUGUCAGCCACCUCAUAGCAAGCUUUGGCUAACUUUAUCCAGUCUACACCAUGGCAAGUGCAGCAAAUACAAACCUAAACGCAGUCCGAGAGACGAUGGAUGUGCUACUGGAGAUCUCCAGGUUACUGAACACAGGUUUGGACAUGGAGUCUCUGUCCAUAUGUGUGAGACUUUGUGAGCAAGGCAUCAACCCAGAAGCUUUGUCUGCAGUCAUCAAAGAGCUGCGUAAAGCUUCUGAAACCCUCAAGGCUUCUGAAAACUGCACAAACUGAAGUUGCAGCCUUACCUCCUCAGUUUGAACUUUAAUGGGAUCAUCUGUAUCCAUGAUGGGCUCUCCAGCCAAUCAGACUUGCCUGUGUGUUGGUACUCUGUCCCGUGCACCUCCUUGUGACUAACUGCUCCUGUUCUGUGCUUUGACUUGAGUUUUUGUGUGGAGAUGUCAACCUCUGUCCACUUCUGCACGAGUCGUAUUCUGACUGGAGGGCAAGUUUCUCCUAGAGCCAUUUGUAAAGUUAAAAUUCACAGUGGUAUUAGCACUGACAUCCUGCCUUAAUUUAAGAUCAUACUUCUCAUUUCUGAUCGUCAACUUGUGUUGCACUGUUCAUGAAGUUAAUGUUUUUUAAUGAUGUUUUGAAAUAUCUCAUUUGUUAUGAAUUGUUUUAAAUUUUGUGUAAGUUCAAUGCAUUUUUCAGCUCAAUCCUUUUGGCAUUUCCAUUGUCCAUUUAAACCAUCAAUGAUGGAACAAAGUCUAAAUUAAAAUGUUACAGUCAACAGCCACAAGGUGGUGCUGUGUCAUUCUUAUUA